UGCCUGGUGAAAUAUAGUGCCAUAUAUUAGUCCGCACGACAUAUAAUCAUAAAUUGGCUACCCUUUAUUAAGUGAAACGAUACUAAAAAGCCAUAAAUCUUCUUUAGUCAUUACAUUUUAUGGUCUAAGAAUACAACUGAAUGAAAAUCAACAAUUUGUCGACCGGAUUAUUUAUAGAGAGUAAGGAUCUUAAAAAGGUGUAAUUUUCUAAACAAGAUGGCCACCAAAAUUUGGAAAAUUUUACUUUUUCAUUUAAAAUAAAGUAAUACAGGCAGUUUAUAUUCGAGAAUCUUUUAAAAUGACCCUUAUAUUUUAUUGAUGAGAACGAGGCAUAUUUUGAGAAUAUGGCAGCGACCAAAAUUAGCAGAGUGUCUAAUAUAAAUGGCACAAGUCAAAACUGGAUGGACAGUUUUCAAAUUGUUGAGCCACCGAAACGUCUUCCUGUUCCAAAUCAUCUGUUGGAGUCAAAGAUCUAUUCAAAGAUCGCCCAGAAUUCUGUUGCACAAGCCAGACCAUCAGUGAUCCACUUUGGAGGAUUUGACUUGAACAAGACUCAACGGUGUACACUCCACAUUGCCAAUGUCUCAACUGAAGUUCAGCGUAUGCACAUCAUACCACCUCAGACAAAAUAUUUCUACAUUAAAUAUACCAAAAAUGAACGUCUUGUACCAGGCCUCACACUGGAAUGCACUGUUGAAUUCACUCCUGAUGAGUGGAGGUACUAUUAUGACUGCAUCAGGAUACAUUGCAAGGGAGAGGAGAACCUUGUUAUACCUAUUCAUGCAUACCCUGUCAUGAACACUUCAGAUUUUCCAACUAUUGUCAACUUUCCACCAGUUCCAGUAGGACAUCGGAAAUCUAGAAUCAUUCCUCUGAAAUGUCAUGCUCCAAUAGACUUUGAGUUCCAGUUAAGUUUCCAGCAGCAACACCCAGCCUUCAUAGUAGAACCUAUGUCAGGUACUGUGCCUGCUAAUGGAGAAAUAGACAUUGUAGUGACCUUUGCUCCAUCAGAAUUUGUAACUGCUCAAAUGAAACUACAGUUAUCAAUAUCACAGUUCAACUCCAAACCUUUAGUCUGUACAUUCACUGGAACAUCUUCCCCUGGAUUAGCAAGGGAAUUAAAUGAGAGCUCUUCACAUAAGGAGUCUGAUGGUUCCACCACUGAGUCAGUAUUAGACCCCCGGGUUCUCUCACCGAUUGACAGAGCCAGGCGGAAAAAGAAAACCAAAAAGAAGUCCACUUUAGGUUCCAUUGAAAAUAGGCCUCAGGAAAUUGAGCAUGAGGGUAUUAAAUUUCCCACUAACCUACACACACCAUUUGCUGUAGCUACAGUUCUUAACCAACAGGCUGGCAAACUGAGGGUCAAAGAUCUCAGAGAAGCAAUUUUAUCCAAGAAUUCAGGGGAUUCCCCUAAUACAAGACAAAUGAAGGAGGCAAUAUUUGAGCAAGCUAUGAGGCAAAAUGUUUAUGAGGAGAGGCAGAACCAGUUAAGGUGGCAGAAAAAGAUAGGAGAUGACCAGAUAUCACCAGACCAAAGACUGUCUAUAUCUGAACAAAGAUCUGAUGCAUGGACUGCUUACAAGUUGAAGAGAGGUGACCCUCUUGAAGAGAAUGAGUACAACAGGACAUGUACUGAGUGUUCUUUUAGACGCACCAUCAGAGAUUCUAGAAAUGUUGCGCCAAGUGUAGCACAGUUUGACACAUACAGUAAUGACAUGUGGGCAGCUAGACAUGCAGCACUACAUAGGUUCUCCCAGGCUGCAAGGACAUUGAUUAUCAGAAUGAGGGGAGAAGAAAAAUUGAAAUAUUUGAGGAAUGCUAUGGCAGGGUGGAAGAAAAGUAAUCAAUCUCUACAAAAAAGAGAUGAAGAUGGUGAGGAACUAGAAGUGAGGGACUUAAAGUUUGAAAUGGUCACCUUGCCUCAAGAUGCUGACAUUAAACUAACAGUGAAGGGUGUGAAACAGACAACAUUUCCAACAUAUGUGCCUCCUAACAAGAAAGAUGACAUGGCCCCAGAUGCAUUGGGAUCUGUACCAUUUGAGCCAACCUGCGUAGACAUCAAGCGGAAAGUGCCCUACUUCAGUCUGAAAGUUCCUCAGCAGUACAGACUUAUGGGCUACAAGCAGCAUAAUGUGCAGGAGGCCCUACUCAACUAUGUACCAGCAAACCUAGUCAGGACCCUAAGAAAUGGAGCUGAAGAUGAACUUAUUCAGCUCCCAAUGAAAGACCUGCCAGAGUUAGAAGACAGAGAUGAUGCACCUGUAAAUGAAGAGGACAUGAGAGUUGAGUCUGUGAUUGAUGAUGCUACAAUUGAUGAUGCAAAGCCUACCAGUCUAGCACCACCAGAAGCAUUGUUUCAACCCAUGGAAUACCCACCUUUGCAUAUCUUUAAUCAGGCACCAGGAUUGCAGGUGUUCCUAGCCCCCCUCCCCUAUGCUGAGGUUGACCCAGACUUCCACCUGUGUCCAUUACCUCGCUACACUAGCAAAGCCCCUGGGCCACAUGCUGCCACCCAGAAGAAGUACCUAGAUAGAGAGGAUGUUAUAAAAGGUGUGAUGUCUUGGAAGAAGUUCCCCUCCCAAGGACUGACCUCUCUCUCAAACACUCCAACACUGACAAAUGUGUGGGUGCCUAGAUGGACUGACCCUCUAGGAUCUGAUAUGUUGCCUACCAAUGUACCUUGGCUACUGGACAGUCUACCUGACGAUGAGAAGGAAAAUGUGGCAGAUACUGACAGUCGUGAAGAAGAUGGGGAAACAGAGGAUGCAGUGACUCUAACCCCAGAAAUGGUCAAUGCACAGUUUGAACUGAUAAAUCCUGCAACAGCCGGCACACUUGCCACAGGAGGGCAGGAUAAACCAUCAUCGGAUAUGUUCCCAUAUGGUAGCAAGAUGCCUGCCACUAAUGUACCAGUCUCUAGUACAGGGCCUGUACCAAGAGAGAAACGUGAACAAGAAUUGGACUAUUUCUUAAAUAAAAAAUAUAAUAAACUUGGAUCAAAAAUGCAGGCCAGAGUAGAACAGAUUAACUCUUUAAAGACUAAUCCUGAUUUCAUUUUAAAAUGAAAACAUCAUGAAAACACAACCUUGAAAGGAUACAUUGACAUUCUAUGUUCAAUGAACUAAAAUGAAAAGUAAAGUAAUGGCUAUGCAGUAAUUUAAUUGAUAUAUAUUCAUAGCCCUUUGUACAUAAUCUGUAAUUGAAACUGUAUAUAUAUAUACUGUACAUGUACUGUAUUUCUAAUCUGUAAUAUAUUUAUGUUUUACCUGUACAUUUUGUUGCAUAAGAUAAAUAAAACUGUAUUAUGUAUAAGAAUG